UAACACUCAAUCACAACCACUUUCGUCCUCGCUAUCUUACACAAUAUUGGGCAUCAGUUAUUCUCCUCCUCCCAACGCGCCACCAUUUCUUCCCCUUUCCACCUCUCUUCUCGCCUGUUGACCAAACCGUACUUUGAUUGGGGUUUCAAUAAUUCCCCCGCCAGAUUUCCUGCCUCAUUUCUGGCUUACUGCAUCUUCGUCGCCCGCGGCCAGGCUGGACAUUCCCCAGACAUGAGUUCCAGCUCCGCGACAGUGGGCUCGUGUUAGGUUAGUGUCGCGUGUUUGGCCUCCGGGGACCUACAUACUCCCAAACCUCUAGAAACUCAUGUUAUUGCAAUGACGAACGGUGCAGGAGGACAACACCUUCAUUUCACCAUGCCACCGGGCCUUGAGAGAUUCUCCCGCUUCAAGGAUCUGCCCUAUGACGUCCGGCAUAAGAUUUGGCAGGAGAUCAUCUACACUCCUGGCAUUCAUUUCCUGAAAUUCGAACGGAAUCAUGUUCCAAGAGUUUCCGUCCACGAGGAGUUUUCCGAUGAUGAAUUUGAGCUUUCUGAAGCUCACAGCCCAAGGAGACCCGAGCCCGGAAAAGCCCAGUCCAGGACGAGCAAAAAGAAGUAUACGGCGACGCUCAAACCCAUUUUCCCACUUCCGGCCGCGGACUUGUCGUAUUAUACGAGCAAGACGAAGACUCUCGCCCAGCUCUCAUUUUCCUGCAACGAAGCAUCAAAUGAAGUAUAUCGGGUCGUGACAAAACCCGACAACUUGACGCUCGAUAAUGGCCGUCUGAUCGCUUUUGCCAAGUCUUCAGACAUCAUAUGCAUAGAUUAUCCGGAUCUCUUGUCUACUCGCCGACUCUCGUCGUGGGCUGAAUGCCUCAACACCUCACAGCUACGCAAGAUCCGGCGCUUGGCUGUACGUUACCAGCCAGAGUGGGACGAGGAGCGUCGGUUUUGUCGUGUCUGCGGACAAUAUCAUGAAAUAUACCCGGGAUCACGUAAAGAGCAGGCCCCGCGACGACAUCUCUAUGAGUUCGCAGCUCUUUUCCCCAACUUGGAAUCAUUCUACUUCAUUGACCAUCUUAUCGUACGACAGUCAUCCGAGCUGACGGAUGAUGAACAGGCCGAUCCACGCUGGUUAGGACCUAGCGACAGGGCUAGGGUCAUGGAGGAGCUCUCUGCCCGUGGCAGCGGACGGGGAAAACCACAGCAAAGCGAAAAGUUCGAAAGCGGCGGCAUUGGCGGGCGUACAUACUUUGAGAUCGAUCGAAACCUGUGCAAAGUCUGCAAAGUGCACAGCCACGUAUUCAACAUGCUUGAGUGGGUGCAGGCCAAUUACAUAGCUUAUUGCGAAAAGAGAGGCCCGAAAAAGCACAAACACCCACAGGUCGUGCGCUUCGCCGUUUUGGCUUGUGAGUGGAAACAUGAAAGGUUGGUGGCCGACAAGAUACCCCAGAAGAGCUCAAUGAUACCAAGGAAAGUUUGGAAGAUGAAGAACAGGAAGCAUUCAAGGCAGAGAGUCCAAAAUGAUCUCGAGCUGAUUGAUGCUAUGAACGCAUUGAAACUGGAGUCGGUGUGUCGAAAUUUCGACGCACCCUCCUCGCUUCCUGUUAUCUUCGGAGACGAAGGAGUGUCUGCUUACGAGUUUACCUUCACAAAGACGGCAUGACACACGAAUACGCACAAAGGUUAUGGAAUUCAAGGGAUCACAAAUCAUGAAUGGGACGAUGGAGUUGGGGCAGGGUUGUGGCUUUUGCCGAUGCAUAGGCGUUCAGGAACGAACUAACAUGACAAUGCUUUACUAAGAUUACGAGACAGUCCAGGUAGACAUCAUUUCAAACGACUAGUACUUCAUAGUACAACGACUGGAAGCCAAAUAUUAAUAUCAACGGGGGGUGUUUUAACCCUCGGUAUGCUGUUUUACUUUUGUUGAAAUCCCACCUUUUAUUUGGCCUCCGGGUCUAUGUAAUUCAUCAGCGAAAUUCGAAUGGUACUAUGCAUGUCCAAGACAUGC